AAUGUCUCAGUAAUGUCAGUAGAGAUAAUUGUUUUCAGGUAAUUGAAACACGACCGGAAUGUAAACAUACCAAAGACUAAUUAGUACAUAAACCAAAGUCGGAUUAAAUUGUGCGCUUCCUAAAAGAACUCAAUUGUGUCUACUCAGCCCUCUGAUCAAAAUGAUACCAGACAUAUUGUUGUUCAUCAUAAUACUCAUUCUAACUGGAUCCUUGCUCUUCCUACUAGUUUACUUCGUAAUUCUUUUGACCGACGUUGAGAGCGAUUAUCUGAAUGCGAAUCAGUGCUGCAACACCCUGAACUUUUGGGUUAUUCCCAAAGUUACGAUGCAUACGUUUGUUGCACUCAUGCUGCUAUUAACUGGUCAUUGGUGGCUGCUUUUGUGUAAUCUUCCUCCGGUUAUCUGGCAAAUACGAGAGAUAUACCGAAUGCCAAGGGGUAACAUUGGUCUGUACGAUCCGACGGAAAUUCACAACCGGGGAAUGGUGAAAAUUCACAUGCGAAACUGUUUGAUAUUCAUGGUGUUCUACCUGAUUAUGUUCUUCAUUUACUUGUACUGCAUGAUACAUGCAAUGCUGGAAGGUGAUCCGAUUCGUCGACACGAGGAUGAAGAAAUCAUAACGGAAUUCUGAGAUUUGCAUCAGUAAAGUCUUACUUAGUUGUUCUUAUACCAGCGUACGUUUGACUGAUAAUAAGUUUGACUUUACUGUGACUGUGUCACCGCACAUUUUACGUUUUCGAUGGAUCGUUCAUCGAAGAACGGACUGUGGUUUUGGUUCAUAAAAUAGCAUAUUGAUUUGGCGUGUACCCGAAAACCCACCAUAUUAUCCGUUAAUAUAAGAAAAAAUCGAAAAACUUUUAAUUUACUUGCCGGGCGUUGUAAUUUUGUUAAUAAAUCGGAUUUUUUGUGCAUGAA